AUACACAAAACACAAACCCUCUCAUAUAUUCUCUCAAACAACUUCAAACACAGUCCAUUUUCUGCAUAUUCUCUCUAUAUAACUUGUGUACAUAUAUAAUCAAGAACUAACUAGCUAAUGAUGUGUAAUCUCAUUCCCAAGUCAUCCUCAACACCCCCAUUUCAUUGUCCCACAAAAACCCACCUCAUAACUCCAAACCCCAAACUACUCAUAGAUGAUGUUCCUCCUCAUGAUGAAGUUAAACAUCAAGAUCAUGAACUUCAUAGAUGGCCAACUCCAAAUGAGGUGAUAGAAGAAAUGAAAGCAAUAGGCAAAAUAUCAUGUCCAACAGCUAUAACUGGAUUACUCUUAUAUUCAAGAGCUAUGAUCUCUAUGCUUUUCCUUGGCCAUCUCGGCGAGACGCAACUCGCAGGAGGUUCUCUCUCCAUAGGUUUCGCAAACAUCACCGGUUACUCUGUCCUCUCUGGUUUAGCCAUGGGAAUGGAACCAAUUUGUGGACAAGCUUAUGGAGCUAAACAAUGGAAGAUUCUUGGUUUAACACUUCAAAAAACAACACUUUUACUUCUCUCUAUUUCAAUCCCCAUUUCAUGUUUAUGGCUUAACAUGAAAAAAAUCCUCCUUUUUUUUGGUCAAGAUCAAGAAAUUUCAUCAACAGCACACACUUUCAUUCUGUUUUCACUACCAGAUCUUUUCUUUCUCUCAUUUCUUCAUCCUCUUCGUAUCUAUCUAAGAACACAAAACAUAACAUUGCCCUUAACAUGUUGUUCAGCAAUCUCUAUUAUUCUUCAUGUUCCUUUGAAUUUUCUUCUUGUGAAUUAUUUCAAAAUGGGUGUUGCAGGGGUGGCAAUAGCAAUGAUUUGGUUUAAUCUUAACCUUUUGAUUUUUCUUUCAUUUUUUGUUUUUUUCUCACGUGUUUAUAAAGAUUCAUGGGUUUCUCCUAGUAUGGAUUGUUUCAAAGGAUGGUCUUUGUUACUUUCACUUUCGAUUCCUUCGUGUGUUUCUGUCUGUUUAGAAUGGUGGUGGUAUGAAAUCAUGAUAAUUUUGUGUGGACUUUUAGUCAACCCAAAGUCAACAAUUUCUUCAAUGGGUAUUCUUAUUCAAGCAACAUCAUUGGUUUAUGUUUUUCCAUCUUCUCUUAGUCUUGGUGUUUCAACUAGAGUUGGAAAUUUGUUAGGUGAAAAUUCUCCUUCAAAAGCACGUUUUUCUAUGAUAGUGUCAAUGUUUUGUGGUUUUGGUUUGGGGAUUUUUGCUAUGUUGUUUACUAUUUUGAUGAGAAAUCAAUGGGGGAGAUUGUUUAGUAGUGAUGAAGAGAUUCUUAAUCUAACGGCUAUGGUUUUACCAAUUGUUGGGCUUUGUGAAAUUGGGAAUUGUCCACAAACAACGGGUUGUGGUGUUUUGAGAGGUAGUGCUAGACCUACGGUGGGUGCAAAUAUCAAUUUGGGGUCUUUUUAUUUGGUGGGUAUGCCAGUUGCUAUUAUUCUUGGGUUUAUUGUGAAAAUGGGCUUUGUUGGGCUUUGGUUUGGGUUGCUUGCGGCCCAAGGCUCUUGUGCGGUUCUUAUGCUGUUUGUUCUUUGUACAACGGAUUGGAAUGAUCAAGUUGAAAGAUCAAAGAAUCUCACAAAAACUACUAUUGGUAGUUCUAAUUCUACAUUAAUCACAAAAACAGUAUUGUGUCAUGACGGCGACAACAAUAACGAUCACCGUGGUUGUCUUGAAGAGAUUGUAAUAAUCACAAAUGGUGAUGAUGAUGUUACUAAGACAUGUACACGCUCACUUGAAAGAGACCCACUUCUACCAAACAUGUUUGUAGGCACUGAAUUAAUUAAGUAAUUUAAUUAAUUAACCAAGUAAUUUCUUUUCGUCCAUUUCUUUGGAGAGAAUCGAAAUUAUGAGUUGGAUUGUGCUGUAGAAAUAGACACUAGUAGUACUUAAUUUGUUCUCAUUUAUAUAUCAGCUGUUCCUUAAUUUCUUUUUUUUUUUUUAGAUGCUUGUAUUAUUAAGCAAAACUUAUUGAUGUAUGCUUGCAUAUAUAUUCCAAAAGGUAUUGAAGUGUGACUUUAUAUGUAUAUAGUAUGAGUGUAUUUUAUUUUUGAAUUUUAGUGCAAUUAUUAUUUUUCAUAUCAA